AUGCAUACAUUAUUCAUGCUGUAUCUGACAACCCCUUUGCCCUCAAUGUCACAACCAGUAAAAGCGGACGAUUCACAGCCAUCAGUGUCGGGCACCGGUAGCUGCAAAUACUGCGCCAAAAGCCACGGCGCCGGUAGUAUCGGUAGUAUCUCGAGCUGCAGCGGUGGCGGCGCUGGCCAUGGAUUUCACGAGCAGUCGAUCGACAACUCGGUGAAAGUGCUCGAGAAGAUCGCCGGUCUGUACGCCGAGCGCCUCCUAUCGGACAUCGUGUUGGAG